AUGCAAAGGAAGAGAAACGCAAAUGGAGAAGAAAAGGCGAAACCUUUGACGAACGGCGGCUUCGUCGAGAGUGACUUGGAGCAUGGACUGCCGAACUCGAAGUGCGACGAGGUUGAGACUGAGACCGAGAGUGAGAAGAAGACAAAGAAGGAAGAGGAAGAAGCAGAGGCUGAAGACUCGACGAAGCGGAAGAUUGUUAUCGAGCACUGUAAACAAUGCAAUGCUUUCAAGACAAGAGCCAUACAGGUGAAGGAAGGUCUGGAAGGAGCUGUUCCUGGCGUCACGGUGACUCUGAAUCCUGAAAAGCCAAGGAGGGGUUGCUUUGAGAUCCGGGAGGAAGGUGGCCAAACAUUCAUCAGUCUUUUGGAGAUGAAACGUCCAUUUGCUCCAAUGAAGGCUCUUGAUAUGGAAGAAGUCAUCGAGGACAUCAUAAACAAGAUUAAAUGAGAGACUGCUACAGACUGCAAAUAGGAGGCUCUUCUUGUGCCGGUUAUGUCCUUUGUUUCUACCUUGGCCUCAGUUUAAUCAAGUAGGAUUCCAUAAAAGACAAUUUCAAGAGCAAUUUCAGAUUUGUUACCUUCACCUUAUUGUUUCUGUAUGAGCGCUGUAAGUGCAGUCUUGUCAUUUUCCAAUGCAUGAUUGGCUUGUUGAUUUGUUUAGUCUGGGAGAUUAACUCGUUUGUAAGGCUAGUUUGAUUCUUCUCGUUGCUUCAACCAAACCGAUGCUGAAGUGUUUAUUUGUUGUUGUGA